GUAACGCUGCAUUGGGAUCUGCACUCAAGUAAGGGAAAAACCCCUUUUCGCACAUAAGUAAUGAAAAAGGGCACGUUUGGCGUCAGGGGUCUGACGUGGAGGGUGGCUGACCAAGCGUUUGUUUUUGACGCGCUGGGAGUGAGAAUGUGUAAAUGCCUUCCUGUCAAUUUGGUUAUGCGGUUUUAGAGACACAUUUUGCCUAUUUCUUCAAAUGUUUUUGCUUGUUUGCAUCACCUAAAUGUCGUGUAACGGUAAUUGAUAGAUUUUGAGGAAUCCUAUGUAUUUUUCUUAGACACUUUUGCAUGUCUCGUUUUAUGGACGGCUGUGCUGAUGCAAUUAGUUGAAAACUCCUCUUUCAGUUUGUAAGUUUAGACACAUAAGAACAGGGUGAGCAUUUUAUUUUUUAUUUUAUUGUUUUUCUUAUGUAUUUUUUUAUCUUUUUUAUUUUUAUUUGUUUGCUUAUAUGUCAUAGAGACACUCCCACCUCCUAAAUGCAUUCCACGACCCCUCUUUAGCAACAUUUGUAUAUUAAAAUGCAUUUAUUAAGCUUUUUUAUCAUCUUAGAAGCAGAGCAGUUUGUUCCACUGGACAGAGAGAGACGCUGUUGGCCGUGAACUAACUGAGGAGGUGGUUAUUUCAGCUCUUUAUACGUCAGUGUGAGGAGCUGGGAGCGCUAGAGGAAACAGGGAUUGACAAGAAGAGAAAGCGCCAGAACGGCACAAAGAGAAUAUUUUGUUUCAUAAUUUAGCACAUCGUUUUUGGGACUGCAACUCUUUUUUUCCGUUUUCAUUAUCGGAUCGAGACAGUAAACUGAAACAACAUUUCUAAUUGUCUCAAUUUUCGUCUUUGUUGGAACGAUGAGGUGGCAAGUGCUGCCGUUGCUCUCUGUCCUCUCCCUCGGUGCUGUGUGUGGGCAGGUCAGCUACUCCAUACCGGAGGAAAUGAAGAAGGGAUCCGUGAUCGGUAAUAUAGCCCAUGAUUUAGGCGUGGAAGUGGACAGAUUAAAAACCGGAAAGGCUCGGAUUUAUACAGGUAACACGGAAGAGUAUAUUGAGCUGCAUCGAGAUGAAGGAGCGCUCCUUAUUAACGACCGCAUAGACCGAGAAUGGUUGUGCGGACAGACAAUGCCCUGCGCUCUUCACUUUCAGAUGAUCCUUGAAAACCCGAUGGAGUUUUACACAGCGACUGUUGAGAUUACUGAUGUAAAUGAUAAUCCUCCCAAAUUUGAAAGAGGUGAGAUAAAAUAUGAAAUUUCUGAAUCAGCCCUCUCUGGAGCUCGAUUUGUUUUAGAAAAAGCGGUCGACGAUGACGUCGGCAUUAAUGGUUUACAGAGCUACACCCUUAAACCCACAGAUAAUUUCGUUUUGAAAACGAGCAGCAGAGCUGAUGGAACCAAGCAUGUCGAAAUGGUUCUACGGAAGCCGUUAGACCGAGAGGAAAAUGAGCAUUUGUCUUUAACACUCACAGCUCUGGAUGGGGGUGAACCACAGCUCUCCGGAACAAUGCAGAUUAUCAUCACAGUGUUGGAUGCAAAUGACAAUCCUCCAGUUUGUUCAAAACCGGAAUAUAAAGCAAGUGUUGCAGAAAAUGCCCCUGUUGGUACAGCAGUAACUACAGUGAAAGCUACUGACAAGGAUAAAGGAAAUAACGGAAAGGUAAUCUACUCAAUUCCGAAAUCUGGUGCUGCAAAUCUUUUUCAGAUUAACACAGAGAGUGGAGUUUUAACACUUACAGGAAAUGUAGAUUAUGAAAAAAGGAGACUAUAUGAGUUAGAUGUUCAGGUGUCAGAUUACGGGGGGUUGUCUGAUGCAUGUAAAGUUAUAGUGGAGGUAACAGAUGUGAAUGACAACCCUCCAACCAUUAAUGUCAUGUCUAAAUCAAAUGCUUUAUCUGAGGAUGUGAGACCUGGUACCAUAGUAACAAUGCUUAAUAUACAAGACCCAGACGCAAACGAAAAUGGCAAAGUCAUGUGUGUUUUAAACAGAAAUGCUCCUUUUAAAAUUAAUUUAUCUACCAAUAAUUUCUUCACUGUGAUGACAGAAAGCGAGUUAGACAGGGAGAGAGCCUCUGAGUAUAACAUCACGGUGAGCUGCUCUGAUGAAGGAGUGUCCUCCCUCUCCAGCAGCGUCACUCUCACCUUACAGAUCUCUGAUGUGAACGACAACGCGCCUGUCUUUGAGAGGAGCUCAUAUGAGGCCUACAUUGUAGAAAACAACACACCAGGUCUCUCUAUAUUCACAGUGAAAGCCACAGACGCUGACUGGAACCAGAAUGCCCGUGUUUCUUACAUACUGGAGGACUCCUCCGUUAACGGAGUUCCGGUCUCCUCAUAUGUGUCCGUUAGUGCUGAUAGCGGAGUCAUCCACGCAGUGCGCUCUUUUGACUACGAGCAGGUCAAAGACUUCCGGUUUCAUGUUAUAGCGCAGGAUGGAGGCUCUCCUCCUCUCAGCAGCAACGUGAGUGUGAAAAUACUGAUCCAGGACCAGAACGAUAACCCCCCUCAGGUCCUGUACCCGGUCCAGACUGGAGGCUCCGUGGUGGCUGAGAUGGUGCCUCGUUCAGCAGAAGUGGGCUAUCUGGUGACUAAAGUGGUGGCUGUUGAUGUGGACUCUGGACAGAACGCCUGGCUCUCCUAUAAACUGCAGAAAGCCACAGACAGGGCGCUGUUUGAAGUGGGCUUACAGAAUGGAGAAAUCAGAACUAUCCGUCAAGUGACUGAUAAAGAUGCUGUGAAACAAAGACUGACUGUUAUAGUGGAGGACAACGGCCAGCCCUCUCGUUCAGCUACAGUCAUUGUUAACGUGGCGGUGGCGGACAGCUUCCCUGAAGUGCUGUCGGAGUUCACUGACUCUACACACGACAAGGAGUACAACGACAACCUGACUUUUUACUUAGUCUUGGCUCUGGCUGUAGUUUCCUUCCUCUUCAUCACCUGUUUGGUGGUUAUCAUCUCAGUGAAAAUCUACAGAUGGAGACAGUCUCGCAUCCUGUAUCACUCCAGCCUCCCUGUCAUUCCAUAUUAUCCACCACGUUACUCAGACACGCUGGGGACAGGAACUCUCCAACAUGUGUACAACUACGAGGUGUGCAGGACCACUGACUCCAGAAAGAGUGACUGUAAGUUCGGCAGAGCUGCUAGUCAGAACGUGUUGGUAAUGGACCCCAGUUCUACAGGAACCAUGCAGAGGAUGCAGGGUGAGAAGAGCAUCCUGGAUGAGCCUGACUCUCCUUUAGAGGUUAGCUGUUUUUUCUUACUUCUCAUGUCAAGUUGUUCUGCAUUUUUAGUUCGUUUUCAUCCAGUAUUUUGUGUCCAUUGUCUACUUUCAGCACCAUGGACAGAGAUGUUUUCUUUCUGAGCGAAUUAAAUUCUUGCAUUUUCACUUAAUGCACAUUUGACUAUUUACAUAGAUUCACCAAAUCCCUAAAUUCUUACAUUUAUGUUAAUUAUCUUCAGAAACCUAUAGUUUUUAAGUUUUUACGUAAAAUAUAUGAACUGAUUUUUUUGUGAUAACCAAGAAAUAGAUUAUGAUCGCCAUCAGUCAGGUUUUAUCACUAAAGAUAAGUGUGUGGUUGUUUUUGGUUUUUUUUUUUUUUUUUUUACGUUUUUGAGCGUUGGUGUUGCGGUGCCUUCGGAGGUAAAAUGCUCGUUCAAUAAUCAGAGAGUUGAUGGUUCGAAUCCAGAUCCUUCAUUAUUCCCAUAAAAUAUUGUUUGUGACCGUCAGAGGCUGAAUGGCAGCUUUACUUCCUUUGGUAUCCCAGCCAGGUCAGUUGUGGAUAUAAAGUGGCUCACCACUGAAAACAGUUGCAACCAUUGGAGUCUCGCUGAUCAUUUUAUGUGACUUGAAAAGAGCAAGGAAAUAAAUCUGAUCAAGGUUUCUCUUAUCACAAUAAUAUCUACAAUGCAACUACGAGUUGUUGGUUUUUUUCUUUUUCUUUUAAAUUUCCAUGACCUAGUUUUGUCUGCAUAAAUGCCUUCCUGUCAAUUUGGUUAUGCAGUUUUAGAGACACGUUUUGCCUAUUUCUUCAAUUUUUUACUUGUUUGCAUCACCUAAAUGUCGUGUAACGGUAAUUGCUGGAUUUUGAGGAAUCCUAUGUAUUUUUCUUAGUCUCUUUUGCAUGUCUCGUUUUAUGGACAGCUGUGCUGAUGCAAUUAGUUUAAAACUCUUUCAGUUCGUAAGUUUAGACACAAAGAACAGGGUGAGCAUUUUAUUUUUUAUUUUAUUGUUUUUCUUACGUAUUUUUUAUUUUUAUUUUUUUGCUUAUAUGUCAUAGGGACACUCCCACCUCCUAAAUGCAUUCCACGACCCCUCUUGAGCAACAUUUGUAUAUUAAAAUGCAUUUAUUAAGCUUUUUAAUCAUCUUAGAAGCAGAGCAGUUUGUUCCAUUGGACAGAGAGAGACACUGUUGGCCGUGAACUAACUGAGGAGGUGGUUGUUUCAGCUCUUUAUACGUCGGUGUGAGAAGCUGGGAUUGCUAGAGGAAACAGGGAUUGUCAAGAAGAGAAAUACACACACACACACACACACACACACACACACACACACACACACACACACACAAAGAGGCUCACCACAGACUGUGACAACUAUUUCAACAUGAAAAAACGUGUUUCUAUUACUAAGUUUUAAAUUUAAGAAAGAAUAAACAUUUGCAAGAGUGGUAUGGACAUGUCUGUCUAUGUAAUGUUGAUAUUUGCAGAAGAUUAUGUGAAACAACAUAAUGUGUGUGAAUGGAUGAAUGAUAUACUGUAGUGUAAAGCGCUUUGGAGUCCCCUGACUCUGAAAGGCUCUAUACAAAUGUGGGUCAUUUAUCAUUAUAAAUAGACCUAAAAUAAUAUAGGAACGUUAUUGUGUCUUUGCGUUUUGCAAAUUGAAUAGAAAUAAUCCACAAAAAAAGAAAUAAGAAAACUGGAAAGCAGCUUAAACCACAUCAUUUUUAAAACCAACUGUUACAUUUUUUAGCCAAAUUCAUCAAGAGCUAUUAAGAAUUUCCACAGAGCCACAUGUGGCCCCCGAGCCACUUUUGAAGACCCAUGAUUUGACCAAAGUAUUAAUUCAUCACCUUUAUUUAUUUAUUUAUUUAUUUAUUUAUUUAUUUAUUUAUUUAUUUAUUUAUUUUGCAUUUUUUUAGAAUAGUCUGAUUGAGGACAAACAGGUAUUGCAUGAAAUUGUAUUUAUUUUACAUCUUGGAAGAAAAUGAAUAAACUUCAGUUAGUAUAUUACUUUUUAAAAUGCAUAAUUAUAAAGUCCAAUUAAUCCAGCUGUGUUUUUUAAAGUUGUGAGACCAACUAUUU